AUGCCCGGACCUUCAACACUCAACUUCAUCUGGGACCUGCUGGGUAAACGUGGCCUGUCUCGCCUGCACGAGCUACAGGUGGAGGGGCGGCGUCGGUUCGGGCCGGUAUGGAAGGCCAGUUUUGGACCGAUUUUAACGGUUCAUGUUGCAGAACCAGAACUGAUAGAACAGGUUCUCAGACAGGAGGGACACACGCCCGUCAGGUCGGAUAUUUCCUCCUGGAAAGAUUACAGGAAACUGAGAGGACACGGAUACGGACUACUGACCGCGUAUGGUGAAGAGUGGCAGAAAGUUCGGAGUCUGCUGGCCAAACACAUGCUGCGUCCCAAAUCAGUAGAGAUGUACGACAGCACCCUGAACUCUGUGGUGACCGACCUGAUCACAAAACUCAAACUGCGCCAACAACAAAACGCAGACGGACUCGUUACUGACAUCGCUCAGGAGUUCUACCGCUUCGGCCUGGAAGGUGUUUCCUCGGUGCUGUUCGAGUCCAGAAUUGGUUGUUUGGACCCGGUCGUUCCCGUGGAAACAGAACGUUUCAUCAGCUCCAUCAACACCAUGUUUGUGAUGACGUUGCUCACCAUGGCCAUGCCCGCCUGGCUCCACCGGCUCGUCCCUAAACCCUGGGACACGUUCUGCCAGUGCUGGGAUUACAUGUUCCAGUUCGCUAAAGGUCACAUAGAUCAGCGACUGAAAGAGGAAGAGGAGAAACUGGCACGUGGAGAGGAAGUGGAGGGACGAUAUCUAACCUACUUCCUGUCUCGAGCUGGAAUGCCCAUGAAAUCAGUUUACAGUAACGUGACGGAGCUGCUGCUGGCCGGCGUCGAUACGAUUUCGAGUUCCCUCUCGUGGUCUCUGUAUGAACUCUCUCGACACCCCGAUGUUCAGUCUGCACUGAGGUCAGAGGUCAUGAAGGUUUUGGGAGAUCGGAAGAUCCCGACAGCAGCUGAUGUUGCAGCGAUGCCUCUUAUGAAGGCCGUCAUCAAAGAAAUCACCAGGUUAUAUCCUGUAAUACCUGGAAACGCUCGAGUCAUCACUGACCGAAACAUCACAGUUGGAGGAUACCUCAUACCCAAAAAGACUCUCAUCACUUUGUGUCACUACGCUACAUCUCGUGACCCGGCCCAGUUUUCUGAUCCGGACUCGUUCAUCCCUCAGCGGUGGUUGAACCGGGAUGAUGGGAACCAUCCGUACGCAUCGGUUCCGUUUGGAGUGGGCAAGCGUAGCUGCGUUGGUCGCAGGAUCGCUGAGCUGGAGCUGUACCUAGCACUUAGCCGGAUCCUCCUUCAUUUCGACAUAAAGCCAGAUCCAAGUGGAGCUGAGGUCCGACCCAUGACCCGAACCCUCCUGGUUCCAGAUAGAGAAAUUAAUCUGCAGUUCAUUGAGCGCUGAGUCCAGAUGAUCCAUCCAAAUGUUCUGCUGCUUUGUUCCAAGUGAAUCUUCUAGUUCCAUAGAAGAAGAGGUGGAGCUGAUUUGAUGAUAAAAUCUCAUCAGAGCUUUUGUUAUGGCAGGGCAGGGACUGUUAUGGCCCCAAACACCUGGAGCCAUUUAUGUUAGAGGGGUGUGUCGUAGGAUGUCCAAGUGAAAAGCCUUCAGUGAUGGUGUGAUGAAUCAGGAGCCUCGUUACCUCAAUGGUUUGGCUUGUUUUUUGUUCAGUACAUUUACCUAAAUGUGCUAUUUGAAACGAUUUUCCUACCAUUAACAUUUUGACAUUUCCAAUUCCCCACUGCUCACACCCUCGCUGGGCGAGAAGGUCCACAGGCUGGUACAUGCCUCGUCCAUGUGAAGCCCGCUGACUUUACACCGGACAGUGCUGGAUUCUGACAGAGAGCUUUAACAUGUAUGGAGAACACACUACACUCUCUGUACUCCUCCACCAUUCCUACUGAUACCUCAACCAGACAGUAGAAGGCGCUGUUUCAGCAGUCAAGAGGAGAGUCACCACCUGACCAUCCCUCCAUCAGGCACGAGAGUACCCGACCAGGCUCCGAGUACGUUUAGUUUCUCUAGAUACAAACUGGCAUUAAAGGGGUUACCUGAAUAUUUAGAACCAUUCAGCCGUGCCGAGGAAGAGAACAGAAAAGAUGUGGGUUAAUAAAAACAGAGAGUGGAAGAUGAACAGACUGGGCCAAAGAAUCCAGAAUAAACUGAAUUAAGCUGAAAAGCUGAUAUUUCUGUGUUAGGAUCUGAAUCUCUGCCCUGGUGCUUCAUUAUUACAUGAUAUUAUAAUAUUACUGCAGGGUGGCGUGUAGUGUGGGUGCCACACGGCAAACAUGAGACCCAAAGACCUGGGUUCGAUACUUGUGACUGUCUUUAUGUCUUCUCUGUGUUUGAAUUGAUGUUCUGUACUCUGUUUGUGUCCCACCAUUUAAAACAUAGCAUUAAUGUAGCAUAAGUAAAAUAAAACUGAAAUAAUUGUUUUACUUUAAGGUUCAGAUAUUGGUGCUCAACCACUGGUGCUUUUAUUUCUAUCGUUUUUCUGU